GGGCGACCACCGCGUAGGAGUGGGAGGGUGAGCACCACCUGCCUGAGCACCGCCCGCCAGUGACUCGUUCAGAUUAUGGCGCUCACGGUUCUUCGCUUCGUGCUCUACAUUUCUCGAGGGGCGCUUUUCGGGCUGGUCUGUCAGGUUCUGUGGUGUAUUCUGCUUAUUCUUCGGUUUGUUGUGCGCCACUAUUAUCCAAUUCCCCCUCCAAAAAUCGAGAGGUGGAACGACUUUUCCAUUGAAUUUUCUCAUCUUAGUUCAGUUGGUACCUGCCGAGGUUGAAGAGAAGCAUAACUAGAUGUAGGCCUGUGUCAUUUGGCAUGACACGGCCACUUAUCAUUAUGCUUUGAACUUGAUAGUUGCCUCGCUCACGGGUCUGCAAAACUUGCUGAGGUACAAAAUGUAAGCCGAUUCUUGAGAAGAGAACGAAGAAUAACGUUAUUAACGAUGUUUGAAGAGUACCUUUGUAUAGGAAAUGAAAGUUGAAGUAGGCUUUCUAUGCACGUUUGAUGAUGCGUAUUGAACUUUGAACAACAAGUAUGGUUAGUGAAGAUUUUGUCUGUUUCUGUGUCAGUUUCUGUAGCUUCAAACUACUGUACAUUCUAAAAUUGAUGAACCCACCCCCCGCGUGCUAUUACUAUGGGAAAAGCAACUCCACAUCAUUUGCUAGUGCAUAGACUACCAUUAGUCAAAAUUAAACAGCAGAAUCUCAAUCUCGGAUACCGUAGAAGCAGCCAGAAUAAAAAAAUUCACAGCUAGACGCUAGUGUCAGUCUUAAAGUCGGAUUGUCGAUGAAAUAUUUAUCUACAAAAUAAAUGAAGGAAUACAUGCCACCUAUAUAGUUGUACUCAUAAGUAAAUAUGGGGUCGAGGAUACAGAUCAGUUUUUCAACCGGAGAACAAGAGAAUCGGAGAGUAGAGGUGGUGGUACGAUUUUCUCACACUCCAAGUUGAUACACAGAUGUGAAUUCGGUGGCAGAGAAAGAGGAAGAUCUGGUCGAAGUCAAUUCCUCUCGCCAAAUAGGUUGAUAGCAUAGGACGCAAUUACGAUAUCAACAAGUGGUAACGAUAGCCACUGCAAGGGAUUAAGUGACUACUGUAGCAUGUAGACAUGGUAGUAUUUGCCUACAGAUACUCCCGGCUCAUUCAACAUUAUGACUUCUUCCUCUCGUCCUUACCAACCUCAUCAUUUGCCUGAUAAGGCAUAAGCACAAAAAGACUAUUAGUCUACAAAAUAACAUUCGAUUAUAUGCAUUCCAUCUAGUAUGAGAAGUCUUUGUAAACGCAAUCAUCCACCGAAGUCAUUCCUUGAAAGAGACAGCUUUCAACCACAGUAGAAUCGCCCAGAUAAGGUAUUUGGUGGAACUAAAGAAAGAUUUUGUUUCAAAACUGGCAUCUAUAAAUUGUGGAACAAAGUAUGUCUAACGCCAACCUUCCACUCCAGAAGGUCAAUUUUUGCUGAGUAGCUUUCGAAUGAUUCGUUGAGUUUU